AUGAGCGAUCAACAGAAUCCCGCACCUCUUAAGGACCCCUCGAAUAAGGAGUCGACUCCCAACACUCCUGGCAACCAAAAUCCAUCAAUUGCCAGGCUCGCGAGGUCUUGGGGUCCUUACACACCUCCCGACACGAGCUACGACGACGUGGAGGUGACUCAGCGCGAUGACCCAGUCCUCCUGGAGAAUAUCGAGAUGCUCAUAGAACUCAUGUCUAAGUGCGACAAAGAUCCCACCGAGCUCCUCAAUUUCGCAAUGACAGUUCCGCCUAGGCUGGGAAAGUCGAUUAUUUACCUGGCGGUUGGGCUCCUUCAACAGCAAUUGUUGGUCAAAAGUGUACUUAUGGCGACGGAGCUGCGUCAGAACGUGAAGAAGGGGAAGAAGACAAGGACAAAGACGAGAAAGUUGACCGACAUCAAGGAGAACAAUGAGAUCGCUGAGAAUGGAAGUUCCAUGGCUCCCAAGGGUCUGAAGAAGAAGGACAAGAAGAACCAUACGAAGGAAAACAUUGAGAAAGCUUUUGGGCCCGCCGAGAGCAAUACUGGGGCCAACGCUAGUCAUCUGGCGGUCCCCAAGAGCAAAAAGAAGAAGACGAAGAAGAAGAAGGCUGAGAAAGCCACUGGGAUUGCUGAGAACAACCCACAGCUCAUCACCAACCGGCCGGCAGCCCCCUUGAACACGAAGACCACGGCAAAGGAUAACAGUGGCAAAGGCCCCGAGACUAUUGAGAGUAACGCUGGAGCAAUCACCAAAAAGUCGACAGUCUCCAAGAGCAAGGCAGACAAGGCAAAGGAGAACAUUGACAACCAAUGCAAGCCUGUCAAGAAACACGCAGGAGCCGAAAUCGAACAGCGAGCAUUACCCAAGAACAAGAACAAGGUGGAUAAGACCAAGACCAACAACAAAGACCGUGCUGCGAAUACCCACGAACAAGCUAACAAGGCACAGCCCGAGAGUUUCACAGGCGUAUCAAAGACGCAGAAUAACAACAAGAUCGAGCGCUGCCCCAAGUCUGACAAGGGUAAGAAGAAGGCGGAAGCCAGCAAGACAACCGAUGAAGAAUUCUUCUUGGUGCUUGAGAUUGAGUUCAUGAAGAAAAUACAGGGUCGCAUCGAACGCGGGAUCAAAGAUUGCCAGCAAGGGUGGACUGCGGUGCAGAAGAUGGAGGAGGCGGCAGAGUCGAAGGGAGCCAAAGCCAGAAAGAUGCAAGCCCAAGAGCAGGCGAAGUGCUCCGCCGAGGGUGGUUAG